AGAGAGAAAGAGAGAAGAUAGUUAUCAGAGAAGACAAAUUACAAUUGAAGAGAGAGAGAGAGAGAGAGAGAGAGAGAGAGAGAGAGAGAGAGAGAGAGAGAGAGAGAGAGAGAGAGAGAGAGAAUAGAAACUGCAGAAAGACAAAAACUUGCAUUGCCUGGUUCUCAACAGGGCGAAAGAAAUUAAAACAAGAAGGUUUUUUCUUUCAAGUUUUGUAAUACUAUUAAUAAACAUACACAGACACACAGACACACACACACACACACACACACACACACACAUUUGUAUUUUAACGUUGUGAUCCGAAUCGCCGAUCAUGACGGCAGCUGUAGACAUGAAGCCGACUUUAAUGAUCAUAAAGACCGAAAAGGCGGAAGAACUGGAAUGUGGAGAUGUUCCCUUGCUCACACCCGGCAGUAAAGAGAUGAUGUCACAAGCCCUAAAGGCUACAUUUAGCGGAUUUACCAAGGAGCAGCAGCGGCUCGGAAUCCCCAAAGACCCCCAUCAGUGGACACAGAGCCACGUGGCGGAGUGGCUGACAUGGACGGCGAACGAGUUCAGCUUGAAGAACCUGGAGUUUCACAGGUUCUGUAUGAACGGCACCAUGCUCUGUGCGCUGGGGAAGGAGCGAUUCUUAGAGCUCGCCCCAGACUUCGUGGGAGACAUUCUCUGGGAGCAUCUGGAGAUGCUGCAGAAAGAAGACGCGAAGCAUUUUCCUGUCAGCGGAUUAAGUUCCACUUUCCCAGAGUCGCGCUACACCUCGGAAUACUUUGCUAGUUACGGUAUUGAGCAUGCCCAGUGCGUGCCUCCGUCAGAGUACUCGGAGCCUGGUUUCAUCACAGAGUCCUACCAGACCCUGCACCCAAUCAGCUCCGAGGAGCUGCUGUCUCUGAAGUACGAGAGCGAUUACCCGUCUGUGAUCCUGCGCGACGCCCCGCUCAACCCGCUGCAGGGAGACUACUUCUCCGUCAAGCAGGAGGUCAUCUCCCCGGACAACAUGUGCGUGGGACGCAUCAGCCGAGGAAAGCUAGCCGGACAGGACUCAUUGGAGAGCAUCGAGAGCUUCGACAGCUGUGACCAUCUCACGCAGUCCUGGAGCAGCCAAUCGUCGUUCAGCAGCCUGCAGCGCGUGCCGUCCUACGACAGCUUCGACUCUGAGGACUACCCCAGCGGCAUGCACGGCCACAAGCCCAAAGGCACCUUCAAGGACUACGUUAGGGAGAGAGCCGACCUCAACAAGGACAAGCCUGUCAUCCCGGCCGCAGCGCUCGCCGGCUACACAGGUAGCGGACCCAUCCAGCUCUGGCAGUUUCUGCUGGAGCUGCUGACGGACAAGUCGUGUCAGUCCUUCAUCAGCUGGACGGGGGAUGGCUGGGAGUUCAAACUCUCCGACCCCGAUGAGGUAGCCCGACGAUGGGGAAAACGGAAGAACAAGCCUAAGAUGAACUACGAGAAGCUGAGCCGAGGCCUGCGCUAUUACUACGACAAAAACAUCAUCCACAAGACGUCAGGAAAGCGAUACGUGUACCGCUUCGUGUGUGACUUGAAAAGCCUGCUGGGGUACACCCCCGAGGAGCUGCACGCCAUGUUGGACGUGAAACCGGACGCGGAUGAGUGAAACGGAGCAGGGGUUGGGGUGGUGGGGAAGGUGUACGAAGGAAGGACCGGGACUGAAGGCUUUACUGACAGAUUGGUGGGUGCAGUGGGAUUGAGUCUUGAGUUGCUUUUUUUUUUUUUUUUCGUAAUGCGGAGCUGUUUGUCAAUUUGCUUUUUUGACCUUUUCGAAAAGAAAAAGGGGCCGUUCCGUACACGUGCGACAAAGACAAACGUCCCCUCCGAAAAAUUGCAGCUCAAGGCAGAGACAAAUGAAAAGCUAGCAAUUAAAAAAAAUAAUAAUUAAAAAAAAAAAAAAAAAAAAAAAAGUUUGAAUGGUUUUGCUUUAAUAGCACGAGUAACUGACGUGGAAACAAGACAGAAGAGAGAGGAGAGGAUUCUGGGAUGGAAAAAGAGAUGGACAGAAAUUUCCUGCUACGAAAACUGUUGCCAAAUUAAAUGAACUAUAGAUAUAUUAUUUGUGUUUAUUGUUGCUGUCUCACUCACUGACCCUCUGUUCACAUGAACAAAGGGGAACAAUUCUCAUCACUUGGGACCAAAAAAAAAAUGUAAUUUUUAAUUAUUAUUGUUAUUAUUAAUAAUAUUGUUGUCAUUUUUUAUACAGGUUUUUGCCAGUAUUCCUAUUGUGUCUUAAGCUCAUGUCUAAACUGAGUUCAGUAUUGUAUUUUUGUGGCCAAGUUAUCGGUGUGUACGGUUUUUACGUAGUUGAAGGUAAAUGUAUAUUAGACCCAUCGAAAAAUUAUUUUUUGCAAAUCGCAAUGUAAGUCUCCUUAAGACUGGAGAUGGAGAAGGAAUGAGAAAUUCUGCCCACAGAGCUGGAUAAUGGUUCAUUUUGAAAGGGUAAACCACCUGAUUGUUCUUGUACAACACUGGAGUCAAUGACGCAUAGUAUUUAUCCACUUAUUUGCAUAGAGGUGUCCACUCCCGUCAACUUAAAAGCACUCGCCACCUCAUACCAAAAGCAACUGAUUGAGAUAAAUCGAAAGUCUCAGAUAAAAAGCUACCUGACUUCAAUAACAGCAGCAACUGACAGAGCCACCUGCUCUCCAUGUGAAAGGUUUUACUGCAAAAAGUAGCAGUGUGCAGACAUCGAAAGGCAUUAAUAAGGAGGAGCCAGUCAGAGCUGUACGUUCUGCCAGAUUGUAUUGUGCUGUUGCACGCUGCCCUGUGUACAGUUUUGCAAAAGGUGUCGUAGUGAUCUGCAAAAUGUGCUUUUCUAUUGAGAGUGUUAUUUUUUUUAAAUAAAAUUGCUACAAAACUAUCCCUUUUAAGGAAUGUUAAGGAAUGCUUUGAUUUGUUAUUUAACUCUCCACACGCUGCUAGCGAUUGCAGCGAAUGCCAAGGGGUACAGGGGAGCUAAUUAUAGUGAUGGACACUGUCACGAACUACUGAACUGUUGGAAAACAGAUCCAAAAUGAAGGCUUGUGUCGUCUUGCGUUCAUUCUCCAGCUCUGUUUUUCAGCGUUUCGCAUGGCAUGUUUUGAGAAGUCUGAUUUGUUAUACCUCUGGAAAUGAUGGACUAUGUAAAACAGUAACUAGUAAUUGAUGGGUUAAAAUGAGACUGGAGGAGUUCAAAGUUCUGAAUGUUGUUUUUAUGGUCCUGACUGUCACAGCAGCUAUAAGCUGAUCGGUUAACUAUCUGUUGGGAAAUAAAGAGAUUUUGAGUGGUGAGCAAUAUGCUUAGUGCUGACUGUAUAUAUGCAUAAAACCAGACUUUUAAAUAGCUCCUGAGUUUUGUGAAUGGGAUGCAUGGUUUAAACAGAGUGCUUCAGCAAGGGAGGGGAUGUAGAAAGCUUAAUGAACAAAAAAAAAGGUAUAUGUGUUUUUGUGUUUAAACAGAGCACCUUAAGGAGAGUAGGUGUUUUUUGAAGAGCUGUUGCAGAAAGAGACCGAAUCAUGGACUGAAAGAACGUUAAUGAAAAAGAGUGGGCAGACAAGGUAGUAGCAGCGUUGAGGGCCUUCGCGUGUUUCCACUGACGAGGGAGUUAGUUGAAGCGGCUGUCGACUUACUUGACUACGUUUCACCUUCUAUCAGGAUAUCAGAGUCAGCUCUUUUUCUGCAAACUGUUAUCAAGGGGCAUGGCUGUUAACUCCGAGCAGUCAACACUGAGCUGUAGAUCCACUUAGAUAACUGGUGAGCAAAACAACAGAGGGCUGGGGCUGGAAAGAAAUUGAAAACGAAGGUGGAAUGUGUCAGAACUAUGUUGUAAAGAAGGUAUUAUAAAAGUGAAGGCGGAUUGGAUUUCAUUGUUUUACUUAAAAAGGUGGGGUCUGUAUACAGUCUGCAAUGCAGGUGACCAGAAUUCUGCUGCGUAAAAUGAAGCCAGUUACACUUAACUUGUCUUAUGUGUCGACUCCAAACAGCCAUUGUUGAUUUGCAAGAUUCAUAUGUGUUAGACUAAGCGCAGAAAAAAAAAAAAAAAAACACGUCUCUUAUCACCUCUCCAGUCGUAACGUGGUAUUUUUAGUUUGACUAAAACAUACCCUUUAGCACUUAAUGUUUGCUCAGGAAUAUCCUUGCUGGAGCGCACAGGCCUGUGCUGUUGGGUUGCCAUGAUGAUGGCCAUUGCUACACUGCC